CCUUCCAAAGAAAUCAAAAUCAUUGCAGUUACCAUUGCCAGCGCAGCCUAAUCCGUUCUUCUUCAAAUCUUUAUCUGGUUUCCGGUUUUCGGUAUUCGAUUCGUGGCGGAAAUGGUGAAGGAGCCGGAGAUUAAGUUGUUCGGGAGGAAGAUUAAUGUUUCGCCGGAAAUCGGCGGCGCCGGGGAGUGUUCUGAGGGGGAGAGCGACGCCGGCGAGGAGUUUUCCGAUCAAAGUUCCGGUGUGAGCGCGGAGAAGAACGAUCGAGAGAGCGGUGAUGAGAACAAACCAGAUGCAGAAAAGCAUGGCGAUGCUCAAUCAGAAUCCGAAGAACAUCCAAAACCUCCCGCCAACAAAGCCGUCAUCGGAAACUCAUCGGAAAAUCAUCCGAAUUCCGAAAACAAGGCCAUCAAUGGACACAACAAGGCUCUAAAGAAGCCCGAAAAGAUCCUACCCUGCCCGCGCUGCAACAGUUUGGAUACAAAGUUCUGCUACUACAACAACUACAACGUUAACCAGCCUCGACACUUUUGUCGCAGCUGCCAGCGCUACUGGACAGCCGGAGGCGCGAUGCGCAACGUUCCGGUGGGAGCCGGCCGCCGCAAGACCAAGAAUCCCACGCCGCCGUCGCACUGCCACCAGAUCGCAAUCUCCGAAUCUCUCCAGGCCACCCGACUCGACUCCCCCACCGGAUUCCACCACCUGAGCUUCAAACCCACCGCCGCCUCCGUCCUCUCCUUCAGCCCCAACUCGCCGCUCUCCGGCGACCGUAAGAUCGACGGCAAAGUCCCCGAGAAGUCAGACCCAUGUCUCCCCGGAAUUCCAUGGCAUUUCCCCUCAGUCUCAGCUCCGGCCAUUUACUACCCAGCGCCUUAUCCUUGGAAUGUGCCGUGGCUGUCGAUGCUGCCUCCGGCGACAAAUCCGACGGGGUCGAGCUCCGAUUCCGGCUCCGGGUCUCCGCUCGGAAAGCAUUCGAGAAGCGGCGAACCGAUCAAAUCAAAGACAACUUCCGCAGAAAGCUCGAUCGUGGUUCCGAAAACUCUGCGGAUCGACGAUCCUGAGGAAGCUGCGAAGAGCCCGAUUUGGGACACCCUCGGAAUCAAAUUCGAUUACGACGCAUCGAGCCGGGAAGGCCUUUUCAAGGCGCUACAACCGAAGGAAAACGAGAAGAAACAAAUCGUCACGGUGUCGACGGUGAAUUUGAAUUCGCCGCUACUUCAGGCGAAUCCCGCCGCGCUGUCUCGAUCCAUUAGCUUCCGAGAAACUGCCUGAUCGUCAUCGUCGUUUCCCAUUUUACCGUCAGACCACAAACUUUUCUCGAAUGCUCGUCCUUACUAUUGCUUAUUAUCGAUCAUUAUUGCUCGAACUUAACUACGCUCGCCGGAUGUCUAUUUUCCGGCGAGUUUGAUUGUGAGACGGGCGCCCCGAAACCGAUGGUGAAAUCGUCGAUUUUCUUGUUCUUGUAACAUUUUGUGUUAUGUUCUAGAUCUCUCUUCAUGUUGUACAUAUUUGGUAGAAAACUACAUGGUAUUUUGUUGACAUGAAUAGGGUGAAUGAUUUGAAA